AUGUCUAUCGAAAUUGCACUAGCCAUGAUUGCAGAAAAUCAUAAUACUAAGCGGUCGAAUUGUUUCAGCUGCGCCUCAUUUGCCUAUUUACCCUUAUGGAAUCAGUUGAUGCAUCAUUAUUUCCCGCCAAAAAAUUUCACUGAUCGAUGUUGGCAACCGGAUUCAGGUAUUGGCACAGUGCCAUGCACGUCAGCAUGCUUUACGCUUGUGGAGCAAAUCGAUCAACAAGACUUUUUCACGGAGCAACGCGGAGUGCUGCGCGGAUGCGUGGACCGAUUACUAUUAUUCGGUCUAGAUGACGACGUUAGAAGCGUAUUGUCCGCAUACACGAACCAACCCGUGUGUCGAGAAACGAAUCGAAAAAUUCUGCGCCUUUACCCAUUGAGUGGCGACAGUGACGUGGUGACAAUGUGCUCAUGUGUUGGCAAUCACUGCAAUGAUCAAGAUAUGCUAUUAGCGCUCAAUUUUUCUCCGGACCAACAACGAUUUUUACAUGUCGCAUUGAUGAUCUCACUGUUGAUUUAUCUCCUCUAG